AUGGGAAGUGCAUAGUCUAACAAUCAAAUCAAUAACUUUAGGUAUAGUUUAAUUUCUAAAGUCUAGAAUGCUUUCUCUAUUUUAAGAGAAGUCUUUAGAAAAUGAUAAAGUAAAAGCUGACUAAAGUGAAUUUAACAAUAGAUUAGACGAUACAACAAUGGUGUCACAUAAGAAUAAACUCAAGUUUUAAACUAAUCUCAUUGAAAUGAUUCGUAAUAAACCAAAAAAAGUUAAUACAACUCCAAUGCGUGUUAGUGGAGUUAUUUCUAAAUCCCCUGGUAUAAAGAAACCAUUUAUUGAAUAUGCUCAAACAAAUCUCAUACAUUUUAUUAGAUCAUCUUAAAAGAUUGAAGUCUCUAUAUUCAUUAUAUCUAGAAAGCUGAACUUUCAAUGGAAAAAUAUCUCAAUAUUAAAGAAUCUUAAAUGUUGAAUUCCUAAAGACUUAAGCCACGUAAAUCUUUGGCUGUUUAGAACACAUUAGAAGUUGUUUAGACAUCUCGACUGGAAAAAAGUAUUAAUGUUGAAGGAAUGGCAUAAAUUAAUUAAUACACAGUAAUUGAAUCAUUAGGCUAAGGAGCAUUUGGUAAAGUUAAAAAAGCUCAAAAUUUUAAAGGAGAAUAAUUUGUAUUGAUAUCUCUUUUAUUUCUAGGCAAUUAAAAUAGCAAACAAAAAAAAACUAAAAAAGAAACUUUUAUCUAAAUCAAAUGCUUAUACAAUGUUAGAAAGAGAAAUUGCAAUAAUGAAAAAAGUACAAUUUAAUUAAAUAUUUUAAAUAGAUCUCCCAUACCAAUGUUGUCCAAUUGUAUGAAGUCAUAGAUGACCCUAAAUAAGAUAAAUUAUAUCUAGUUAUGGAAUAUAUGGGAAAAGGUAGUAUUCUAAGUAAAGGAUUUUUUAAGAAAAAUAAAUAAACAUCUAAUAUUUUAGAUGAAAUUGAAGAUAAAAAUAUUAAUUAAAGAUUGACUGAAGAAUAAUGUAGACAUUACUUUAGUGAUUUCAUUAAAGGAUUAGAUUAUUGUAUUUAAAAUUAUAUUAAAUUAAGUACAUGAAUGUGUUAAUGUUAUACAUAGAGAUAUCAAACCUGAAAAUUUAUUAGUCAAUAUUUAAGAUUAAUUAAAAAUUGCUGAUUUUGGAGUUUCACAUAUUAUGGAAGAUGGAUAAGAUGGAAGAAUAUCUAAUUAAACUGGUACUUAAGCUUAUUUGGCACCUGAAGUAUUUAAAGGUAAUUUAAAGUAAAAUCUUAAUUAAAGGAUAGAAUUUUGAUGGAAAACCAGUUGAUAUAUGGGCAGGAGGAGUGACUUUAUAUUAGAUGGUUUAUGGUAAAUUACCAUUUCCAAGUUAAAAAUCUAUGGAAUUAAGAUAAUAAAUAUUAGAAGAUAAGUAAAUAAUAAUUAUUAUAAAUUCAAAGUCCUCCUUACCCUUAAGCAACUGGAUUUCAUCCAUCAAUUAUUAAAUUACUUUAAGGAAUGUUAGAGAAGAAUCCUGAAAAGAGAUAUAAAAUUGAUUAAAUUAUAUUAGAUGAUUGGUUAACUGAUUUUGGUAAAUAACCAUUAGAGAAUGAAUACAUUUAAUAUGUAGAUGUAACUGAAAUGGAUAUAAAAUUCGCAUUAACUAGUUUGAAUAUAUAGAUGGCACUAAAAAUUGUGGUUAAAUUAUUGUAUUUAUCAAAAAAAGCUAAAAAAAAAAUAGCUAUGAAAAAAUAAUAAAAGAAAAUUUGA